AUGCCACCUAAGUUCAACUCGUUCAAGUGGGACACGAUUCCGCAAGAACUCUACACUCGGUUGGGAAAGUCCGGUCUCCAAAUCUCCAGAAUCGUCCUGGGAUGUAUGUCCUACGGCCGCAAGUCGUGGUUCGACUAUGUGCUGGAAGACGAGGACGAGGUGUUUGAGAUCAUGAAGAAAGCUUACGACAGCGGAAUUCGCACCUUUGACACCUCCUGCAACUACUCCAACGGCUACUCUGAGAUUCUUGUUGGAAAAUUCCUCAAGAAAUACAACAUCGACAGACGCACGGUCGUUAUCUUGAGCAAGUGUUUCUUCCCUCCUAACGAGUCCGAUCCAGACACAAACAUCCUCAUCCCCGGAACGGCCGAGGGUUCGGAGUACAUCAAUCGAAUCGGGCUUUCCAGAACCAAUAUUCUGGACUCUGUGGAUAAAAGUAUCGAGAGACUCGGCACCCACAUCGACCUGCUACAGGUGCAUCGGUUCGACGUGAACACCCCGAUCGAGGAGACAAUGGAGGCUUUGCACGAUGUCGUCAAGUCUGGCAAAGCAAAGUACAUCGGAGCCUCUAUGAUGAGAACGUACCAGUUUGUUGAGAUGCAGAACGUUGCCGAAAAGCACGGCUGGACCAAGUUUAUCUCCAUGCAGAGCUACUACUCCCUGUUCUACAGAGAGGAGGAAGACGAGAUGAUCGCGUACUGCAAGAAAACAGGAGUUGGCCUUAUUCCGUUCUCGACGCUCGCCGCAGGCGUGUUGGCCAGACCGUACGAUAAGAUGUUUAACACUACGACUCGAUCCAGCGCGGCAUUUUCGGCUAGGAUGUUCAGAUUGAACGAAGUCACCGACAAGGACAAGCUGCUGCUUUCCCGAGUCGAGGAGCUGGCUAACAAACACGGGGUGAAAAUGGCCACUGUGGCCAUAGCCUGGUGUCUGGCCAAGGAUCACAAUCCUAUUCUGGGGCUCAACAAGGUCGAGAGAGUCGACGACGCAUUAGCCGCUCUCAAGCUGAAACUGACCGAUGACGAGAUCGCGUACCUUGAGGAGCCCGACGUUUCCCGGAAGCUACCUAACUUGUACCGCUAA